GGUAAAUUGAACACACAGGAAAUGGAUUUCAUCACAACAUGGCAGCAUUUUCUUUCAUUGCAUUACAACAAUAUUCGACUGUUUGUUAAUUUACAUGGAGGCAAGAAAACAGACUAAAACAUGGCAUCCUCAAGACUGGGUCUCCGUUUGGCUGUAUGUUUGUUGAACGUUUCUGAAGCUAGACAGCAAGACAUUGUGGAAAGGAUUGCUAAAGCUGGUCUCUGGGAUAAAGCAGGUCAGAAACAAACACAAACGACUGUGUUGAAUAUAUUUUCAGAUUAUGACUAUAACAGAUCUGUCUUAACUCUUGCUGCUCCUGUGGAGACUUUAGGUAAUUCUGUUGUGACAGCAUGUACUGAAGCAUACGAUUUGAUUGAUAUGGAGCACCAUGAUGGCAUCCAUCCUUGCCUUGGGAGCGUGGAUCUUGUUCCUAUUUACCCCCUAUCAGAGUCUGUUAGCCUGGAAGAAUGUGGCAGAGUGGCUCGUGACAUUGCAGAGAAAUUAUCCCAAGAUGUACCAGAUUGCAGUAUCUUUUAUUUUGGAUAUGCAGAUCAACCUCUCAAACGAAACCUAGUCCAACGCAGGAAAGAGGUGAACUGGUAUAAGAGGAGCAAUUUGAAUGUGAAUGAAAUAAAGCCAGAUGUAGGAGCUGUGAUUUCUCCUAGAUAUGGUUUGACAGGAAUUGGUGCCAGCCCGUAUGUCAUGAACUGCAAUGUGACUAUUGACACACAGGAUCUGACCAUUGGGCAGCAGAUUGCCAAUGCAAUCCGGGCAGCGAAUGUUGGAGGCCUACGUGGUGUUCAGGCCAUGGCCUUUCCUCAUGAGGGCACUGUGGAGAUAGCCUGCAAUGUCGAGAGUUUUACAGAUGAGACCUCAUCAUCUCUGGCAGCAGAAAGAAAGGAAUGUAUUUCUUAUUUUAUUCAGGGGAAAGAAUACUUGUACUUCUCUCCAAGAUCCAUAGAGAGGCAGAUUAAAAAAAUGGCUACCAGCCAUGGGGUUACAACAGUUGGUACAGCACUGGUUGGGUUCACACCUCAACUCUGCAAAAGCUUGGCAGAACAGGCUAUACUGGAAGGGUGUGGAGAGUUCUGGAAGAGGCGUCAGACCAUUACAAUGUAGGGAAGGCAUAGGUGUGUGAUUUAUGUCUUUAAGGAAUCAUGCUUAAAGUAACCGUGGGCUGGAUUUUAGGCUCUGCUCCAACCCCCCAGCAUGUUUUCACCAGGGUGGUCAUGUAAAGUCUAUCAAGUGACCAGCCCAUUGCCUUCCCACCCACCGCCUUCCCACCCACCUCUGAUCAAUUUCUGAAAAUAUGGGGAUGGAGGUGGUCUGGAUAAGGUGCCUACUAGCCAAUCCACUCUUAGGCCCAAUGCACACCUUAAGUGCCGAUUAUUGCCCACUCUAGGCCUUUAAUCCACCUCCAUUGUCAUAAAACACUUGACAGUGGCAGGUGGAGGCAGGAGUGAAAAGCCAUUUACAACUUGGUUGAAAAGGAGGGAAGGAAGGGGGUACGUUAUCUGAGAGGUGCCCUUUUGUGCAUCGGGGGCAUAUCCAAGAAAAUGUGACCCUGCUUUGUUCCACCCCAUCUGGUCUCCAAAAUCAGAAACCCAGGCACCCCCACCUCAGCUCAGAAACCCUCCUUGCCUGUCUCUCUCUCUCUAUCUCUCCCGCUGGAAUGAAUGUAGUUUUUCUUUCCGGGGUUAUUUGCAGGCUCAGCAUUGCCCACUCCUCAAUUCCACUGCCAUUGGCUGUGCUAGAGCUGCCGGUCACUCCGAUUGGCCAGAGCUCUUGAGAGUUAGAUUUCCCCCUGAUUGAGGUCCCAAAUGGCGUUGUGGAGGCUGCUGGAACACAUUAUGAUUGCAGACUGGCCUCAUUUAAAGUCUUUUGGUCUGGAACCAAACUUUUUUUCUAGGAGGUGAGCAGUACAUCCCCGACCCCAAUAAAAUCCAGCCCGAUAUCUCUUACCAUGUAAACAGACCUUGUACACUAUCAUGAAUAUUUUGUGUUUUGUAAUGAUCUGUUGCUGAUGAAUAGAAAGAAAUUCUUAGGUACGUAUGACAUUGGCCACAAAGAAAUUAUUGGAAAAGGAAUAAGCUCCUGUGAGAUAAUAGGCAAACAGCUGAUUUCACAGAAUCUGCCAAUGUCCCUGUUAAGCUAGUCCAUGAGAUUGUAUGAAAGUGGUCCAGGAAGACAAGAAGGAUCCCGACCCGAAACGUCAACUUUCCUGCUCCUCUGAUGUUGCCUCGCCUGCUGUGUUCCUCCAGCUCCACACUGUGUUGUCUCUUACUCCAGCAUCUGCAGUUCUUGCUAUCUCUGACAGGUUUAUUCAUUGAUUUACUUUUUUAGGACAUACUUCUGAACUUUGACUGAAGGCAUUGACUCCUGCUCAGUGACCGAUCUGCAGGUAUUGAAAACUCUUGGUGUCUCAAGCAAAUGAGAAUUCUGCAUUUGUGAGCAUUAGACAUUGUUAGAUGAAGAGAGGUUGUUUCAUGUUGUGGGAGAGUCUAGGACCACAGAACAUAAUCUCAGAAAAUACCCAGAGAUGAGGAGAAAUUUCUUCUCACAAUGGAUAGUGAAUCUGUGAAGUUCUUCCCACAGCUGCGCAGUGUUAUUGAAGUCGGUCAAGAAGUAUAUUCAAGGCUGAAAUAGACAGAUUUUUAAUCAGUUAAGGAAUUAAGGUUUAUGGGCAAAAGGCAGGAAAAUGGAGUUGAGGGUUAUCAGGUCAACCAUGAUUUCAUUAAAUGGUGGGAUAGAUUCGAUGGCUGGAAUGGCCUAAUUGUACUGCCAUGUCUUAUGUUCUUAUGGACAAAACACUAGAUGGGCUGCAGAUUAUCUAACCAUUUUGAGAUUUUACAGCCGAAACCAAUCACAGCCAUGGGUUCUGCUUUGAUCCGGAGAAUAUUGAUGGUGAUAGGAAUGACCCUCCUUUUUUCCAGGAGUCUUAAGGUCAUUUAUAGCUGCCACACAGGAUUUGAACCUGUGGUUGUCUGGAUCACUCUGUGGAAAAUGUUUGCUUAAUAGGAAAACUUGUUUCCCACGUUUUCAGGAUGAGCUUAUAUCUGAUGACAUAGUAAGAAUUAGGAGCUCUGGAGAUACACAAACUGUUGUUCCCAGUGAGCAUAAGCUAACAUUAUAUUAUUUCUGUAUGUUGUUAUUAUGGUGACCUAAGAAUUUUCCGUUAGAUGGCCAGGUGCAUUCUAUAAUCCACUGUUAAAAUUUAAGGAGUGAAAACCCCGCCUUUCUUGAAAGGAGGAGGAAUAAUGUUAUUCAUCCAAGUAGUUCACCUCGGUUAUGGCACAGGAAAAAUGUCACGUAAAAGGGAGCCACUUAAUGUUACUAGACCCUAGGGACAAGGAUGUCUGCUCUGUGCUGUUUAGCUGUGGUAAGGAGCAGAAAGAGGCUGAGCUGAGAUUUAGGAUGCCCAGUUUAACAGUUUGUGAAGCAGUGUACCUGCCACAAUCUCAUUUGCUGAUCAGGCUAGCCAGAACUACUUGAGGCACACUCUUAUUGCCUCUUGUUUGCUCAUGGGACAAGAAUGGAUACAGAAACGUCUUUGAAGUGUCAAUCAUGGUUAGUAUCCCCAUCAGUAUGUAAGAACCCAUCUGACUAUUCAUAGGACUGUGGACUGUUAAAGUACUUAUAUCUUUAAUUGUAGCUUGUAUGUAAUAACGUGUGACCUAUUAUGCAUAGUAUCUGGAGGGACAGAGAUGAAUAAACUUCUCACCUUUUAAGUACACCACUUGGCAGGGAAGAGGACAUAAAUGCGUUACAGGAUUUGAAACAAGUGAUGAGGAGAAUGAAAUCCAUGUCAUAAAAUAGCAAGGAAAGGAAUCAGAUUAUUCCUUCCAUUCCCCAAUGGCUGCACCUGUUUGUUGCAGACAAAAUGAUUUGAUUUUUCAUUUUGCUUUAGCCAUGUGUUAGUUGAAUGAUUAAUUUACAAAUAAAUUCUUAUCCAGCCAA